AUGCCCAGCCCUGAGCUCAACAGCCGUUCUUCUUUCCCAAUUCAAUCACCUGAGAUUGAUAACAUUCAGUUUCCGCGCUCUUGGGAAAUGGCUUGGGAGGCAGCGGGCCAGACCAACUUUGAGCGCGCGCAAGCUUUUCUGUUCUUCUACCGUGGAGAUGACGCCUCCACCAACAGCGAGCUCCGAUCCAUCGCAGCAAAUCCCAAGCAUCGAGAUGUCGCCUCUCUUGCGGUUUCAGUCCAAAUAAAUGUCUUUGGCAAUCGUCAUUCGACUUUCAACACUACCUCGCUUUUGCAGUGGAUGCGCUUCGUGCUCAUCAAGAGCCAAGCUCUUACUUCCUCCAAAACGAAUGCUGUUCGUGAUUUCUUUUUUGAUCCGUCGGUCGCCCGUAAUUUACCUCAACUCCCACAAGACCCAAUUGUCUAUCAAUACCCAGCAGCCCCUCUCAAAAUCAUGAUCAUUGGCGGAGGCCCCACAGGCCUGGCUUCCGCAAUUGCCCUCGCCGAGAAGGCCGGACCCAGGGUUGAGGUCCAUCUCUACGAAGGCAGAUGGAUUCAGCAGCGGGGUAGCUCCUUCGUCAGCUACCCACCGAAGGCCCGUCGUCGCGACCAGGUAGUCACGCUUCAAGACACCGUGACAGACUUGAUGAGCGAUAGAACGAGACAAGCUGUCUUUGGUGGGAAUUCCGAGCGUGUUUGGCCCGGGUCCAGCAACCUGCAGAUACGCAAGCUCGAAGACGGUCUCUUGCGACGAGCACAAGAUAGCCAAUUUCGUGGCCUCAUCUUCCUACAUGCCUCGCAGGUCAGACAGGACAAUCUCUCGGAGUACGGCGACUUUCACCUAAUGCUUGGUGCCGACGGAGCUGGUUCAUGGCUCCGCAGUGCUUACUUCCCGGGACAAGAAGAAGAGGUUGGAAAGAGCUAUGCCUUAGGAGUCGCUUUUGAUCGACCUCGUGGCCUCCCUUUCUCACAGCCCAUCAACAUCUUCCUCACCAUGGGUCAAACUCGCUAUCUCCUCAAUGCCAGCGACUUUGAUGGCACUGGAUACCUCAACAUGCAGUUGACCGAGGCUGAGUGGCACCAGAUGGUCUCGGUCGAUGGCCAUCCUUGCACAUUCGGUCGACCAAGUUGCCUGAAGGUCGAUGACUGUCUGCCUCAUGGCUUCGAGGAGAACCAGGUCUUUGCACCAUCUCAGCAACCUGACAGCCCGCUGUGGAAGGCGAUACUCGAUGGUCUGGAGCUUUACGGAUUCAAGCAGUGCGAGGUAAAAAAUAUUGUUCGCAUCCCCAUUGUUGUACGCAGGAUCAACAAAGCCGUCGAGCAGGUUCCGCAGGGCGACUCUGCAGCCCUGCGCCGACCCCAUGGUCUGGUUGCCGUGGCUGGAGACGCGGCAAUGACGGUGCACUUUUGGCCUGGUAGAGGCGCGAACUCCGGCAUGAAGGCAGGCAUCGCUUGGGCCGAUGAAGUUGCUCGCGCUCUCUUCCACCGCCAGUUCGUUGGUCUUCAGACCUCUUCGCUGGGGAUGUACGACGACUUUCUGCAAAAGCUCCAAGAGCGGGAGCACGGCGGUCGCAGCUUGCCCAUCGUCAAGCAGACCGGCGAUCCUGACAUGAUGGCCUGGUUGAUGCGCAACGCUCGACUUAUCCCACAGCACGUGGCAAUGGAGUGGCUCGUCGGCCAGAUGCGUCGCGAUGGCGUCCGCAUUCAGAGGCGGGCCGACUGGGCUUUUGAGCAGAUCAACAACCUCGAACCGCAACUUCGGGAGAUCCUUGAGAAGAUGGAUGCCGUUACCAUCCAGGAGAUGGCCGCAACGUUCCCCUGGCCUACGCGGGAGAUGGCUGGGGCUGAAGUCCUCCCUGAGAGGUCUGUGGUUGACGCGUGCUUGAGUGGUCAGAGGCCGACGGAGAUUUCGAAGGUUGAAAAACAAACAAAACCGAAAAAGCAAGACAAGAAGAAGAAGAAGAAGAGUGCAGAAAUCUCCGUUUCCGCCUCUGAGAUUUCACCGGCAUUCCUGGCUAGCCUAGCGACUCAUAACAAGCCAGCUCAGCGGUCUUCUUGGCGUUCAUUCAGCUUCAGUAGAACGCCUCAAGCUGUUCAGUCGUAG